UGUUGAAUUACGUCAAUAUGACCCCUGGUCCUGAGCUCCCUCUCAUGGACGGCACGCCCACAAAGCUCAUCGACAAGCCAGCCAGCAAGCCGGAACCGGAAAGAGAAUCAUGGGGCAAGAAGAUCGACUUCCUGCUCUCCGUCAUCGGAUUCGCGGUGGAUCUUGGGAACGUCUGGCGUUUUCCCUACGUCUGCUACAAGAAUGGCGGCGGUGAGUUGGCUGUAUGGAUCACGGCCACCCUUCCCUACGUGGUUCUCCUGAUUCUCCUGUGUAAGGGCUGCACUCUGCCAGGGGCUGGCGAUGGUAUUGUCUACUACCUGAGUCCUCAGUGGGAGAAACUGUUGAACCUGGAGAUCUGGAUUGCUGCGGCCGCCCAGAUUUUCUUCUCUCUAGGCCCAGGUUUUGGCGUGCUCCUGGCUUUGUCUAGCUAUAACAAGUUCCACAACAACUGCUACAGAGACGCCCUGAUCACGUCUGCCACCAACUGGCUGAGUUCCCUGGCGGGCUUUGAUGUGGGUCUGAUCUUCGUGGUGUAUCCCGAGGCGGUGGCGACCUUAGAAGGGACUUCGUUCUGGGCCGUCAUCUUCUUCUUUAUGCUGAUCAUGCUGGGGCUUGAUACUACAUUCGGCGGCCUUGAAGCAAUCAUCACAGGGAUCCUGGACGAGUGGACCUUCCUGAGACGUCACCGUGAGCUGUUUGUCGCUGGUCUCAUGCUGUGGUGCUUCCUUGGCGGGCUGGUCACUACUACUUACGGCGGUAUCUAUGUGAUACAACUAAUGGACACAUACGGGGCGCCCAUCUCUAUCCUGUUGAUUGUCUUCUUGGAAGCUGUAGCUGUUUCCUGGAUCUACGGUGUGGAUCGCUUCUCGCACGACAUUGAAACCAUGCUGGGGACAGCUCCUGGACCUUUCUGGAGGGUGUCUUGGACAUACAUUAGUCCUCUCUUCCUUCUGCGAAUCUACCAGAUGAUCACCCCAACAGAGGUCCCCUCUCACGUGCCCAAAAGAGACGCCCCCGUGUACCUCUAGGAGCCCGACA